AUGAAAACGAUGAACGAAAUUAACAAUAGUUUUGUUGGCAUGCAACAUCCAGUUAUUAAUGAUAUUCAGAACAAUGAACCUAGGCCAAAAAGAGAAGUAAUGACACUUCGAAUAUAUAUUCGUACUUUUUGGAUGGAUUAUCUUGUAAUGGUUAUAUUGGGAAUUAUUGGUAUUGUUGUUAAUGGCCUCCGACCUAUACCAAAUCGUGUUUUUCCUGUUUAUUUUCGUGAUGGUGAAAUAGUUAAUCCAGAAUUCGGCUAUUCAUUUGGUAUAAACAUUAUACCAACAUGGCUAUCUGGUCUAUUAGCAUUUAUUAUUCCAUUUGUAUUUAUUAUGUUAAUGCAAAUACGAGUACGAAGUUUUAAUGAUGUGAAUACAGCAACAAUGGGUUUAUUAUUCUCAAUCAUAUCUGGUGCUGUGUUUCAAGUACUUAUUAAAUGGCUUAUUGGAGGUUUACGACCACAUUUUUUCUCUGUUUGUAAACCAAGCAUUAAUCCAGCAAGUGUUGGUACAGGAAAAGGAUUUGAUGGUUUAAUGUUUGAUCGAUCCAUAUGUACAGGAGAUGAGAAAGAAAUUAAUUUUGCAUUACAAUCAAUGCCAUCAGGCCAUGCAACAGCAGCAUUUGCUAGUCUUGUUUAUUGUUCAUUAUAUCUUAAUGGUAAAUUAAAAGUUUUCGCUAAUUACCGUCCACAAUAUUGGAAAUUUGUUUUAUUUUAUGCUCCAUUACUCGGUGCUGUUCUUAUUGCUUCUUCAUUAACAAUCGAUCAUUAUCAUCAUUGGUAUGAUAUUUUAGCUGGUUCAAUUAUUGGAAUAAUGUUUGCUGUUGGAUCAUAUCGUUUUCAAUAUGCUAGUGUUUGGGAUUUUCGUUUCAAUCAUAUACCCUUACCAAGAAUAGAAGCUGACUAUGGUUUUGAUUAUCAUCUUGAUCAAUUACAAGAAUCGAUGAGUGGUUCAAAAAAAGGCGGAUGGAAGAAUGGACAUAUCCAUGGUGCACCUUUUGAUGCAACAGCAACAUUAUCUGUUUUACCUACAUCUGCACAAAUGCGAGGAGAAUUAAACUUGGAAUAG